AUGGCGAGCGCACUGGCCUCCUCGCUCUCCUCGAUCGCUAGCACCAAGGCCACUAUCACGACGAACAGGAACAGGAAAGCCGGGGGAGUGAGCUCGGUGGUGAGGUGCCAAGCCAGCGAGAUAAAGGACGAAGUGAUCAAACGCAGGGCCAUGGUUGCGAGUGUGGGAGUGGCACUCUUGUCCAUGGUUGCCACUGGAGCUGCCCACGCUAUUCCGCCGGUUCCAGAGGGCGAGCCAAAGCCCGGCACCAAGGAGGCCAUCAAGAAGUAUGCCAACAUUUGCCGAUCCAUGCCCACUGCUGCGGUUCUCCAGUGUUUCGGGAGAGUGUUAGGGCGUGGUAGUGAAGGAAAAAUGAUGCUGGGGUGUAACAAUCAAAACAAUAAUAAGGUAGCAAUUAAGUAUUUAGGACAAGAGCACUCUAUUUUGAAUGCUAUGGUGAACGAGGUAGAAAUCUUGGAAGAGUGUGCUGGGCAUGUGAAUAUUAUCAAUCUUCUGGAUGUUACAACAAACAAGAAUGGUAGCUUUAUGGUCUUUGACCUGAUGGAAACAGACCUAAAACAUCACAGGAGGCUUGAAAAACAAGAGAUUAGAUCUUUCAUGGGGCAGAUCCUUUCAGGGCUUGCAUGGAUCCACUCCAACAAGAUCGUCCACCAGGAUAUAAAGCCUGAAAAUCUGCUAGUGAAAGGUGGCGUGGUGAAGCUUGCUGACUUUGGUCACACACGAAGGUUGUGGGAACAACCUAGGGAAUGUUUUGGGACACUAUCAUAUCAUUCUCCUAAGCAACUCAAAGGUGAGAGGGGCCUUUACUCUACAGCAAUAGACAUAUGGGCAGUCGGGUGUGUUUUUGCAGAGUUAGUUCUAGGGUUUCGGUUAUUUAAUCCCAUAGACUAUGAAUUUAUGAAUGAGGAGGAUUGGAAAAGCCAGAUGAUGGAAUUAAUUCAAGCAUAG